AUUAUUUGAGGAGAGAACAAUAAGAAAACAACUGAAAAUCGAACUUAAUAUGACGAACAAUGACAAAGACCACAGUAGAACCGCAUUCUCACCGAUAGCGAUACAGGUACGACGAGUCGUCUUUGCACUGUAUACUGAGCCAUUCGACUGUAUAGAAUAAAAUUGCAAAUCGAAAUUAUAUCUUGGAGAAACAAGCAAAGCUAAUUGAAAGAGAGGCUCACGAAUAUCAUUAUCUGCUAGCAAAUGUAAUAAUUUAUUCAUGCUAAGUUUAUCGCUGGUUUAAGCAAAUGGUCUGAUCUGAUCGAGCAAAAAGUUAGAAUAAGAGGAAUUAAGACGAGCUGUACUAAAGGAGGCCUGGUCGAAAUCAGUCUGUUUGAAAAAAAAGUCGUCGUCUGCUAAAGUGAAACAAGAUGAGCGUGGAUGAUGAUAGCAACAGCUACGCCUCAUUUGAGCUUCGAGACUUCACCGUCAUAACCCCAUCAACAUCAUCAUCAUCGGGCAACUCACCCCCGCCUCCGUACUCGACGAACUCGGACACGACGAGCCUCGAUGUCUCAUCGGUGGGCCAAGGCGAGAUCAUGGAGGACUCGUUCUCCGUGGUCACCGACAGCAGUGCGGCAUCGUAUAAUGCUGGACGGUCACAACACCUCUUUGGACUCGAAGACGACUACGAUUAUGCUGAUAUUGUACCCGCGGGUAUCCGUAAAGUGACAUUACAAAAGAACUUUCGAGGUUUUGGAUUGACUGUAGCCGGUGGGGCCGAUAGUCCGUAUGGAGAGUUGCCCGUCUUUGUGACGAGUCUUGACCCCCAAGGUCCUGCUGCUGAAUCAGGAGAAGUUAGGAUUGGUGAUCGGAUUGUGAGCGUUAAUGGAAAAGAGAUGGAAGGCAAAACUCACACUGAGGUGGUUCUGGUAAUCAAACAAGCGGGAAGAAGAGUCACCCUCGAACUCACAGAGGGGCCGGAAAACAUCAUGAACUAUCUCGAAUUCGAGUGACGUCACCACUAAAUAGACUUUGUUCUACGAAGACGCAUUGCACAUCAUAAGCCUUCGCUCGCGAUCCAUUCGCACCUGAUUCUAAUUUGUAAAUAGGUUGUUUAGCUCCACAACUGUCUGCUACAGCAUGCAGGGGUUCGUUGCCCACAGGCUUACAACUACGGUAACCUUGCACACAGCAAAAACUGUGGUGUUAACCGGUGUACAUAGAGGACCACACCAGUUAUUUUACACCGGUGUUGAAUUGGUGGUGUUAGUUUACACCUAUAGGUGUCAUUACAACACCUUUGGUUGUUACAUUUACACGCUUUGGUGUUAUUUUUAAUCUCUAGGGUGUGAUUUUAACACCUCACGGUGUGGUCGUCUAUUAACACCAACUGGUGUCAGUUUUAACACCGCAGUUUUUACAGUGCAGUCAUGGCAGCUACCAUGGUAACAGGGCUCAGCGGCCAAUCACAAUCAAGGUUUCCACUGUUGUGACCAUAAUGGCAAAAUUACAAUAACUCUUUUUGAUAACAUACAUGAGUGUUGGACUAACAACACAACAAAUUAUUCAACACCCCUGUUAUUGUUGUGAGCUUUGGAGUUGAACUGCAAGCCGGACGGAUAAAUUAAUGGACAUCACUUGGAUUAUCAAAACUGAACGGCAGAGGUCCGUAGUCUCAAUCAACUUCCAGCCAAUCAGACAGGAUUGUUGGUAUUAGGUCAUUUGAGCGCGGUCUAUAGACUGUCUACGGUGUCGAUACGAGGUGCGGUUCAACGGUUGGAUCAACUCAUUUUACAUGUUUUACUCUCGCUCGCAACCGGUACGUUGGCUUGUGCAAUUUUAGAUACUAACUAUGAACAUUUGAUGAUUAAAAUAAGACUGCUGCUCGACACGAUAAUUGGAGAGAUUGAUCCUGCACUAUAUUUGAAUAAAAUAUGCUAGCUCUUAAAUUUGCGAAGGUCUGAGGGAACAUGAUAGAACAUUGGACUGUAUUUCGUGAUAUACUGUGUGUAAAUCUGAAUUUAUGUUGAAUCCUUUGUAAUAUUAUAAUGCGGUGCUGGGACAUUAUCUUAUUCACUUAUUUGUUCCUGCGACCAGAGGCGGAUCCAGGAUUUUCCGAACAGGAGCGGGGCACAUUUUCUCUAGGAAAAAUUUGACAAGCAAAAAAAAAAGUUUAAAAGGACAUUUCGUCCACGAAAAAAAAUGGACAAAAAAGGUCUUCACUUUCAAGGGGGGGGGGGGCACACUUCUGUUUUAACAGCAUUUUUACAUUACAAAUUUUAAUUGUGCCUCUCGAGGGGGGGGGUGGUGCAGGCGGCCCGUGCCCCCCCCCCCUGGAUCCGCCAGUGCCUGCGAAACCCCCCCCCCCCCAUGCACAUUAAAGAACAUACAAAACAUACCCUGAAACUUAAUAUCAGUCCUUAUACUAUAUUUUUUCUUCACAUAAUUUUGAAUUGAAUUGUCGGCGUGCCUGGCAUAUCACCUCAGUACUCUGCCCAAGCAGCUAUUAGUACUUGCAAAGCAUAAUGCAUAAAUUAAUGAUUAUUGUAUCAAUGCCCGUAAACCGAUUUAUUUUAUCAUAGUGUAUAGGAAAAAAAAUUCGCAGAAAAAAAAGAAAAUUGUGUUUACUCUUAUAUUGCUAUAUAUUCAACGAAGAUGAAUAGGACUUAAACGUUUUAUUUUGUAAGAAAAACCCCAGAAAAGUAUAAGAGGUAAUUUGUUUGUCAUAUUACAAAUUGACGAUUGUGUUAUGUUUGAUGCAUUAUCACAAUUAUUGAAGAAAAUCAAUGCAACAUUGUCGUUUCGUCGAUAUAUUUGAAUAUAAUUGAUAAGAACAUCUGUUCUAGUACAAAUACAAGUACAUAAUUCAAAUAUUUAUGUAAUAUAAUGCUUGAAAGAGUGUAAAAUGAUUCAACAAAGGCAAAUAUCCUGAGAAUUUAUAAGGAAAAUCAAUUGAUUAUCUGUGCAGGACGCAGGUUACUAUGAUCAUCGAUUUUAACAUGUUUAAAGGAAUAUUUUAUGCUAAUGAUAUAAUUUUAUAUUCGUAUAUAUUUUUCGUAAAUCUGAGAUGUUUUCAAAUAUGUGUUACUCUGUAUUGAUCUCAUUAAAUGUACAGUUGUCCGUAUUACUAGUAAAGGGAUAAUGAUAUUUAUCAGAAUAGUAAUCUCAAUGUUACCAAUAUAAUAAAGAGGAAAUUCAUUCAAUCAGAA